AUGAGUCACGACAACUCUAACUCGUCCGCAUCCGACACCCCAGUCUCGCAGAGCAGGCUUACGUUUUUGACCAAUCUUCCUUCCUAUCUAGGUCAAAUAGCGAGAACCAUACUUGGAACUACCAGCCGCGCGUUCAACCUCUCGUUUAACCUGAGGGAAACCUGGCCGAUCAGUCUCCUCGGUCGAACCACUCGAGUGGUACAAUUGCCUCAAGCCUCCGGAGACGAUGGUCCCUUGUCCUCCCAGAGGCCAUCCACUGAUAGUGGAGCGUUUACGGAUCAGGAGGAUAGAACUGAUGAGCUCAUUGCAGAUGUUAAGGAUCCAAGAAAAGGAGCACCGGAACCGUCGUUGACAGCCGUAGACCCAGUUCACGGAGCUCAUACUAAACCACUGAUGGCUUGCCUUAACAUCGUUGAUCAUCUCCACAAACCCUCACCGUGA